AUGUCUACGGUUGGCAAGUAUGAUCAGAUUGGAAUGGAUAUCGCGUACGAAGAGGCUGCCAAGGGUCUUGCCGAAGGAGGAGUGCCAAUCGGUGGGUGUCUGAUCAACGAUGAGGAUGGCACAGUUUUAGGUCGCGGCCACAACAUGAGGUUCCAGAAGGGAUCUGCAACGCUACACGGCGAGAUAUCUACCCUUGAGAACUGCGGCAGACUUCCAGGACACGUUUACAAGCGGACCACGCUGUACACUACGCUCUCGCCCUGCGACAUGUGCACCGGUGCCAUCAUAAUGUAUGGCAUCCCACGCUGUGUAGUCGGAGAGAACGUUAAUUUCAAGAGUCCUGGCGAGGAAUACCUUCGGUCCAGAGGACACGAGGUCGUUGUGGUCGACGAUGAAAGAUGCAAGAAAAUCAUGAGGAAGUUUAUCAGUGAGAGACCGCACGACUGGUUUGAAGACAUUGGGGAGUAA